AAUAAAUUAACCUGGGGCUAUGAAGAUGUUCCUUAAACUUAUAAAAACCCAAAAGAAUUAUUCUAAAUCCCUGUCUGCCAUUUAGUAAGGAGGGAUUCAACAGUUCCUUAUGGAUUGGCAGAAUAUUCUAUUCGUGACUGGUCUUUUGACUUUAUUAACGUUAUCCAAUGCAGGAGGAGACCAUAUUAAAGGUGGCGGUCACAUAAAAGGUGGCUCGGAAACAGUCCAACAUCCAGUAAUACAGGAAGAAAUCGCACCAUCAACUCAUAAUUUCAACACAAAAUCAAGUGAUGCUUACGGUACCAAAGUGCUCCAUACGAAAACUGGUGACGAAGUUAUUAGUCCUUCCAAUGCGAAGGUUGGAGUGAUAACAAAAACAGUUUUAGGUGCACCUCCUCAUCCACUUCAAUCACAAGAUGCAGUUUUUCUAUCAGGAAAAACAUCACUUGUGGCACCGAUAAGAGAUCCUGUAGCACACCCAGUAGCGACAGAACAGACACGAAAAACAGUUGCAAAUCCAUUAGAAACACAACCAGCAGGUGUAAAAGUUGCUAGAAGGAAAAUUAUUAAAACAAUUCGACGAAAGCCGGAAGCGACUGCCCAAGUAAAAACUAUACAACCAGUUCAACAACAGGUACCUACUUCAUUAAGUGAAGAUGACGUACAAAUAGUUCUACCUGAUUCUAAGAAAGUUGCACCAGCUCCAAAACCGAUUACAAAGACUGUAAAAACAUCUACCAAAUCAAAAAUAAAUAGAUCGCCUUUGAUUACUAUAGAUGGUUCAGAAAACGAUGCUGGGAGAGAAGUAAUUGUGCUGGAAGAUGGGACUAUAGUAGAUGCGAAGGAUACUUCCAGAUUACUAGGACAGACAGCAAGCUUAGUACCAGAUGGAGGGAUUCGCCAAGGUUCGACUCAAACGAUUAAUCAAGAUUUUAAGAUGGUUCGUGGCUCACAAAUUCCUCGCAGUGACAUUAGACCAAAUUUUGAGAGCAGAAAUCCAUAUACAGAUUUUGGAUUGAAUAUUGAAGCAGCUGCUGCUCCCCCCGUUGGUUCACCAGAAUUGUUAGAACCAAUUGUUGUACCAGGUGGGCCAGGAGGAGCAUCACUAACCCUUACUGAGACAGAAAUUCAAAACAUUUUAUUAUCUGGUGGUAUCGUGGAAUUUCCUGUAAAUUCUCAAGGAAGCUUUCCAGCAGAUACAGCUGGUGCUCCACUAGCAGGAAUAGUCAGAACAGCUCAAACUGGUGAGACUACCAGAUCAAAUGUGCAAUCAGUUUCACAGGUGUCACCGGCAAGAAAACCCACCUUAAAUGUUCGUCCCAUUGAUCAAAAAAGAACAGAAUUUAAAUCACAGACGGCAACAGUUACUUCUAGUUCUAGAGGUGCAUCAGUAUCAGGCUUAGGUGGGAGUGGUGGAUCAGUUGUAGUUCCCGGUGGAGCUGGAGGUGCAUCGUUUUCCCUUACUGAGGACGAGAUUCAAAAAAUUUUGUCUUCUGGUGGAAUUGUAGAAUUUCCCGCAGGCACUCCAUCAGGUGUUCCAGGAACCGGAUUAAGUACAGCUUAUCGAGGAGGUGUAACAACAAUGAGAUCUAAUGCACAAGCAGUUUCACAGACAUCAUCGGCAAGAAAACCUACCGUAAAUGUUCGUCCCAUUGAUUUAAAAAGAACAGAAUUCAAGUCACAGACGGCAACAGUUACUUCUAGUUCUAGAGGUGCAUCAGUAUCAGGCUUAGGUGGGAGUGGUGGAUCAGUUGUAGUUCCCGGCGGACCUGGAGGUGCAUCAUUUUCCCUUACUGAGAACGAGAUUCAAAAAAUUUUGUCUUCUGGUGGAAUCGUAGAGUUUCCCGCAGGCACUCCAUCAGGUGUUCCAGGAGCAGGAUUAAGUACAGCUUAUGGAGGAGGUGCAACAACAAUGAGAUCUAAUGCACAAGCAGUUUCACAAACAUCAUCCGCAAGAAAACCUACCGUAAAUGUUCGUCCCAUUGAUCAAAAGAGAACAGAAUUUAAGUCACAGACGGCAAGAGUUACUUCUAGUUCCAGAGGUGCAUCAGUAUCAAGUUUAGGUGUGAGGGGAGGAUCAGUUGUAGUUCCUGGUGGACCUGGAGGUGCAUCGUUUUCCCUUACUGAGGACGAGAUUCAAAAAAUUUUGUCUUCUGGUGGAAUUGUAGAAUUUCCCGCAGGCACUCCAUCAGGUGUUCCAGGAGCAGGAUUAAGUACAGCUUAUGGAGGAGGUGCAACAACAAUGAGAUCUAAUGCACAAGCAGUUUCGCAAACAUCAUCGGCAAGAAAACCUACCGUAAAUGUUCGUCCCAUUGAUCAAAAGAGAACAGAAUUUAAGUCACAGACGGCAACAGUUACUUCUGGUUCCAGAGGUGCAUCUGUAUCAAGUUUAGGUGUGAGGGGAGGAUCAGUUGUAGUUCCCGGUGGACCUGGAGGUGCAUCAUUUUCCCUUACUGAGGACGAAAUUCAAAAAAUUUUGUCUUCCGGUGGAAUAGUAGAAUUUCCCGCAGGCACUCCAUCAGGUGUUCCAGGAGCAGGAUUAAGUACAGCUUAUCAAGGAGGUGUAACAACAAUGAGAUCUAAUGCACAAGCAGUUUCACAGACAUCAUCGGCAAGAAAGCCUACCGUAAAUGUUCGUCCCAUUGAUCAAAAAAGAACAGAAUUUAAAUCACAGACUGCAACAGUUACUUCUAGUUCUAGAGGUGCAUCAGUAUCCGGCUUAGGUGGGAGUGGUGGAUCAGUUGUAGUUCCCGGUGGACCUGAAGGUGCAUCAUUUUCCCUUACUGAGAACGAGAUUCAAAAAAUUUUGUCUUCUGGUGGAAUUGUAGAAUUUCCCGCAGGCACUCCAUCAGGUGUUCCAGGAGCAGGAUUAAGUACAGCUUAUGGAGGAGGUGCAACAACAAUGAGAUCUAAUGCACAAGCAGUUUCACAGACAUCAUCGGCAAGAAAACCUACCGUAAAUGUUCGUCCCAUUGAUCUAAAAAGAACAGAAUUCAAGUCACAGACGGCAACAGUUACUUCUGGUUCAAGAGGUGAAUCAGUAUCAGGUUUAGGUGUGAGGGGUGGAUCAGUUGUAGUUCCCGGCGGACCUGGAGGUGCAUCAUUUUCCCUUACUGAGGACGAAAUUCAAAAAAUUUUGUCUUCCGGUGGGGUUGUAGAAUUUCCCUCAAAUACUCCUUUAAGCACUCCAGGAAUAAGAGAUUCUUUGUUAAAAGAAACAAGACCAGUUAAUAGAGUACAAAAUGAUGUAUCAUCCCUUAGAUCCAAUGUUCAAUCGUUAACGCGUGCAUCUGCUGUGAGGAAACCUACAAGCGGCACUUCUGAUUCUUCAGAUCGAAAAAGAAUGGACUUGAAAAGUCAAACUUCUACAAUUACUUCAAAUGCACGUAGAACACUUUCCCCGAAUGCUCCUAUUUCAGGGGGACCUAUAAUUGUUUCAGGUGGACCCGGGGGAUCAUCUUUAACACUGAGUGAGGAAGAAAUAAAUAGAAUAUUGGAAUCUGGUGGAGUGGUAGAAUUCCCUGUGGAUGCCCCCGCAUUUUCUUCAGGUGACUUAUCAAGAAAUAUUCAAGAACCAUCUAGAUUUUAUUCUGGUGAAGAUAAGCAAGUGUUUGCUACCAGAGGCGCUCAAGGUGCUUCACUUUCUGUUGGAUCAGGUGCUGCAAACAAUAAACUAAAUUCUGGUCAAGUUCAUUUGGAAACAGUCUUUUCUGAAACUGACCCUUCCUUAAGUCAGGACGAGAUUAAGCCAGCUUUCGCUCAAGGUCCAGAAUUCAGUCAACAAAAGUUCACUAAAGAGCAAGUGCCGAAUCUCCUUUUUAAAGAAGGGGAUGUACAACUACAUCAAGCAUCAAAUUUGGCCAAUUCUCCCAUUGCUCAAGCGUUAGUUGCAGACAGCAAUGAUAAGCAGACACAAUUGAAAUUGGAGGAUCCCCUGGAACAAAAGCCUGUAGCAAAUGAUGCAGUUCUCUCUCAAUUUAGAGUAAAUCCUUUGACACUAGAAAAAAGGCUAGUACUUGACAAUCUCAGUUCCAAAUAUUUGCAAGAGAAAGUUCCUGUUGAAGUGCCUGGAUACGUUCCACCCCCAUCCCAUAUGUCACCAUUUAAUUACCGCGUACCACACCUAAAAGGCUUAAAAUCAACGACACCAGUUGUUCAGGAACAGCAAAGAAUGGAACAGAUAUUGGUUUAAAAACAAUAUUUCGUUUAGUCUAAUUUUAAAAUACCAUUUAUACUGAUAUGUGUUCUUUUUGUUAAAAGUUAGUACUACUAUUAAAUAUACUUAGUAUACUUAGUAUAUUUAAGUGUUAUUUCUCUUAUUUUUCAAACUUACUAUGUAAAACCAUGAAAAAAUUGAAAAUAAUAAACAAUAAGAACAAAUAUUAUUAUAGAAAAUAUUAUAUUGGAUGUUGGUGGUAGAAAUGUUUUUUUC